AUGAGCAACAGUCUCGCUCGACAAUAUCCAGAUCUUGUCUCUACCUGGCAAGGGGCUCUCGCCGGCUCUCUACUGUGUCAAUCAACGAUUGGCCACAGUAUCUUGCUCCAGGCAUAUAAAGCCUUCUUUGUGAAGAGCGACCUCUACCACGGCUUGAACACGCAUGUAGUUGGCGUCGGCCAUGCGUUGGACUACCUCCUGAAGCUUACAGUCAUUGCCGCGGGAGGAGGUGUCGCUGUUGGGACGAGUGAGAAGACUGCAGAAGGUGAGGUGGUGGAUCUAAAGGAACAGCCGAAAGUCGAUGCUGCUCAGAUGAAGGCCAGCAUCAAGGAUCGGAAACCUUGCGAUUGUAGUCACAAUGGCUAUGGUCCUGGUCUGGGCAAAAGUCUCCUCAGGAUCCCACAGUCUGAGCCGGCGGUGCAUCAUGCUCAUGGCCUGGUUAAUGGACCUGAUGGGCACAGCGACGACGACCGGCAGAAGGCCGAAGGAAGCCGAGCAGCCCCCGUCCGGCCUGGACAGCUCGAGGAUCUGAACUAG